UCCCGCUCCCGCUCCCGCCUCCCCGCGACACCGCCGGGCUGACUGCAGGGGCCGCUAACGGUCCCGCGCCCCCCGGCGUCCGCGCGCCCCGCGCCCGGCGGACGAGGCCGCGCCGGCGGCGAUGGGCGCGAUGGGGGCGGCGGAGCCACUGCAGUCGGUGCUGUGGGUGAAGCAGGAGCGCUGCGCCGUCAGCCUAGAGCCCGCGCGGGCGCUGCUACGCUGGUGGCGGAGCCCGGGGCCGGGUCCCUGCGCGCCGGGUGCUGAUGUCUGCUCCGUGCCAGUGUCCGAGAUCAUUGCUGUUGAGGAAACAGAUGUUAAUGAGAAACAGUCCUCUAGUGGUCGAUGGCAGAAAAUGGAAAACCCGUUCGCAUUCACAGUCCAUUGUGUGAAGAGAGCAAGCCAUCACCGCUGGAAGUGGGCACAGGCGACCUUCUGGAGUGCCGACGAGCAGCUGUGUCACCUGUGGCUGCAAACCCUCCGUGAGCUGCUGGAGAGCCUGACUUCAAGACCAAAGCACUUGCUGGUAUUUAUCAACCCUUUCGGAGGGAAAGGUCAGGGCAAGCGCAUCUAUGAAAAAAAAGUGGCACCUCUGUUCACCCUGGCUUCCAUCACCACCGAAAUCAUCAUUACUGAGCAUGCCAAUCAAGCCAGGGAGACCUUAUAUGAGAUCAACACAGACAGCUAUGAUGGCAUCGUGUGUGUCGGCGGGGAUGGCAUGUUCAGCGAGGUGCUGCAUGGGGUGAUCGGGAGAACACAGCAAAGCGCUGGCAUCGACCCCAAUCACCCCAGAGCCGUGCUGGUGCCCAGUACCCUCAGGAUUGGCAUCAUCCCUGCAGGAUCCACAGAUUGUGUGUGUUACUCAACAGUGGGUACAAAUGAUGUGGAGACAUCAGCUCUGCAUAUCAUUGUUGGGGACUCACUGGCCAUAGAUGUAUCCUCUGUGCACCACAAUAGUACGCUGCUGCGGUAUUCGGUGUCUCUGCUGGGCUACGGCUUCUAUGGGGACUUAAUCAAGGACAGUGAAAAGAAACGGUGGAUGGGCCUCGUCAGAUACGACUUCUCAGGGUUGAAGACAUUUCUCUCUCAUCAGUACUAUGAAGGGACAGUGUCCUUCCUCCCAGCCCAGCACACAGUGGGAUCUCCACGGGACAAGAAACCUUGCCGGGCUGGGUGCUUCGUGUGCAGGCAGAGCAAGCAGCAGCUGGAAGAAGAACAGAAGAAAGCCCUGUAUGGCCUGGAGAAUGCUGAGGAAGUGGAAGAGUGGCAAGUGGUGUGUGGGAAGUUCCUGGCUAUCAAUGCCACCAACAUGUCCUGUGCUUGUCCCCGGAGCCCCAGGGGCCUGUCCCCUGCUGCCCAUCUAGGAGAUGGAUCUUCUGACCUCAUCCUCAUCCGGAAGUGCUCCAGGUUCAACUUCCUGAGAUUCCUUGUCCGGCACACCAACCAGGAUGAUCAGUUUGACUUCACUUUUGUCGAAGUUUAUCGAGUGAAGAAAUUCCAGUUCAUAUCAAAGCAUGUGGAAGAUGAGGACAAUGACCUGAAGGAACAGGAGAAGCAGGGGUUUGGGCAGAUCUGCCAUGACAGUACUCCAUGCAACUGCUCAGCCUCUAGAAGCUCCUGGAACUGUGAUGGAGAGAUCCUGCACAGCCCUGCCAUCGAGGUCAGGGUCCACUGCCAGCUGGUGCGCCUCUUUGCUCGGGGAAUUGAAGAAGCGUCCUAAGCAAGAGUCCCAAAGCUGAGAGGCCAUCUACCUUGAGCUUGGGAGUGUGAAAGUUACUUAAGAAAAAUUCUACAGACCAAUUAUGUUGACAUAUCCAUUUAAAUUUAGAAAUUUAUUUUUGAUAGGUAAAUCUUGGUUUUAGAAAAGACAGCUUUGUCAAUAAUUCUGUAUACGUACCUGGCACCCUCACCUCGGUUCUAUGUGCAUUUGAGUCGCUUUCCACAUAACUUGUUCUCAGCAAAUGGCACUUGCUUGUUUGGGGCAUUGGCCUGCUAGAUUUUAGCCACGCCAACCAUGCAAAUUUCAAGAAUGCCUUUAGUGGCUCUUCUGCAAUAAUUUUAGGGACAUUAUAAUAUGAAUACUUCCCAGGAAUCAGGUUACACCAUCUGGACACAUGGGUAACUACCUGGUCACUCUGAUCCCUUCGUGAGACUUUCUCUGGAGUUGUUCGUGACCAAGUUUGGGAAAGUAGGUGGCUCUAUUUGCAUUCUCUUUACACCAACCUUCAUUUAUGAUCAGGAUGUUGCUAAGUGGCCCUGCCGUAUGCCACAACCGUAACUCAAUACAGUGAGGUCCUCCGCACAGCUGCGCCUCCAGAGCGGGGGCCUUGUCACUGCAAGAAGACACCCAGGGUGACGUCUCAUCCUCAGGAUUCCCUACAUCUGCUGCCAUCGCAGCUGCAUCCUGUGAAACAGUUCAGCAAAAUACCCACUGGAAGUUUCGUUCCGUCAACCCUGGUAGCCCAUACACUCUGGCCUGGGCAUUCUGUCAAUCACUGGCCAAAAGGAGGCCCCAUUUGGAAUUAAAGCACUUGGCACAGCUGGGCUUUGGGGUGUGGGGUGUAGGCAGAGGGCAUCUGGCAUGCAUAGAGAGUACUUUGGGGAUGCUAUACCACCCUCAACCUGAGUGACACCAGUGGGAUGGUGGGUUACCCCAGGUCACCCCCAAGUACUUUGGUGCAAGCCCUGUGUCUGUUCCCAGGGUCCAAAUCCAUUCUCCCCUCACCAUGGAGUCUACCCCAUGUACUUAUGAUAGCUUUCUCCUUGAUUAUCAGAAGGGUAUUAAUCCA